UGACUUUGACGACUGUUUGACAUGUAAUGUACAUGUAAAAUUUUUAACAUUUUGAAACUAUUGAAUUCAUUCAAAAAUUAAGUUGAUAUCAUAACAUUAAAGUAAAAAAAUUAUCCACUGUUAAUAAUUUUUUAAAUAAUGAACACCAAAAGGUCUGUAGUGGUCUCAGGAGAGGCUUCUGAAACUGACAGUGAAGAUAACAACAUUUUGGAUAGUUCCCCUGUGCAACAUACAACAUCAUACGUUCAAGGAGCUAUUAUUGCUGGUGAAGAUUCUGAAUCACAAGACGAACAAGAAGAAAGUUCCCCAGACCACGGCAGUACUCCAUCUGAUGUAAGAAAACACCUAACUAAAGAAAUUGAUCAAUCUGAUUCCUUAUUACAUAGGAAGCUUCGAGAGUGUAAUAACAAUUUUUACCAAGAUUUAGAGUUACUUUGUAUCAGUAAUAUAAAUAUGGCUGCAAAAGAUUUAUCAGUAGUUGAUCAGCAUUUAUUAAGAUCACAAAUUACUUUGCAAAGUGCAAUUACAUCACUAAAAGUAUUAAACAAUAAUUCCAUUAAUUUAAAAGAAAAAUUGAAUUCCAUUGUAUCAUUAAAUUUCCUAUCCACUGUUAAGACUUUAUAAAUGAAUAUUUUAUUCUUACUAAUUUAACUAAACAAAUUCGUUAAACACUAAUAAAUUAUGUUCUUUUAAGUGUAAAAUACUUAUAUGUAAAAUUAAAUCUAAAAAUCCAUUUUCUAUUUACACUUAAUUCA